AUGUGCCUCUCGAGUCAAGCCGUGAGUAUUGUUCGAUGUCAGGCGACAGAAGUGUACAACAACUGCCCGACUUGCGAAGGCACAUGUGAAAGGCCAGUUCCAGUGUGUCCACAGAUAAACUGCGGGUUACCGCGAUGUACGUGUCGACGAGGUUUGGUGCGUCACGGCCUAGUUUGUAUCACGCCAGCCCAGUGUCCACAGGUGUUGAGCGGCACUGCUGGUACACUCGGUAGUGGUAUACCUGGAAUCGGUGGUGUCAGUGGUGUUAACGGGGUUCCUGGCAUUGGCGGUAUACCUGUUGGUGUCGGCACAGGUGGAGUUCCAGGGGCUUUAGGUACAGUACCUUUAGGUUACGGACAUCGUCAAUAA